UAUUAAGCUUGGCUGGAUCUACUUUGGGGGUUGUUUGAUUUCCUGGGGAUUGUAUUCCAUUAUCUGGGGGCUGUCGGUGGCAUGAGAGCACCAUGAUUGGGGAGUUUAUUCACUUUUAUCUGCUCUGUGGAAUUGUAUGCAUCUCAUCAGGUUCACGUCUUCGGCAAGAAGAUUUCCCUCCUCGCAUAGUGGAACAUCCCUCAGAUCUCAUAGUUUCCAAAGGUGAACCCGCCACAUUGAACUGUAAAGCAGAAGGCAGACCAGCUCCUUCCAUCGAGUGGUAUAAAGGGGGGGAAAGGGUAGAAACAGAUAAAGAUGACCCACGCUCCCAUCGAAUGUUGCUGCCAAGUGGAUCUCUAUUUUUUUUACGAAUCGUCCAUGGACGCAAGAGCAGGCCGGAUGAAGGGGUCUAUGUCUGUGUGGCUCGGAAUUAUCUUGGGGAGACAGUGAGUCGCAAUGCGUCACUUGAAGUUGCCAUUUUGAGAGACGACUUCAGACAAAACCCUGUAGAUGUGAUGGUGGCAGUGGGAGAACCAGCCGUUCUGGAAUGUCAGCCUCCUCGGGGUCAUCCUGAGCCAACAAUAUCAUGGAGAAAAGAUGGGACACCAAUUAACGACAAGGAUGAAAGAAUAACAAUACGAGGAGGGAAACUAAUGAUCACCUACACAAGAAAAACGGAUGCAGGAAAAUAUGUUUGUGUUGGUACCAAUAUGGUGGGAGAAAGAGAUAGUGAAGUAGCAGAACUAACAGUUCUAGAAAGACCGUCCUUCGAGAAAAGGCCAAGUAACAUGGCGGUCACUGUGGACGAUAGCGUUGAGUUUGAGUGUGAAGCAAGAGGUGAUCCUGUACCUACUGUUCGAUGGAGAAAAGAUGAUGGGGAUCUACCUAAAGCCAGGUAUGAAAUUCAGGAUGAUCAUACGCUUAGAAUCCGCAAGGUGACAGCAUCAGAUAUGGGAUCAUACACUUGUAUUGCUGAAAACAUGGUUGGCAAGACAGAAGCGUCAGCUGUAUUAACAGUUCAAGAACCUCCAAAUUUCGUGGUAAAGCCUCGUGAUCAUGUUGUGGCUUUGGGGCGUACAGUCACAUUCCAGUGCGAGGCAACAGGAAAUCCGCAGCCAGCCAUCUUUUGGCAGAAAGAGGGUAGCCAGAAUUUGCUCUUCUCCUACCAGCCUCCACAGUCAUCCAGCCGCUUCUCCGUGUCUCAAACUGGUGACCUUACAAUUGUAAAUGUCCAGAAGUCCGAUGUUGGCUACUACAUCUGCCAAACUCUCAAUGUGGCUGGCAGCAUUACAACAAAAGCCUAUUUAGAGGUUACGGAUGUAGUGGCUGACCGUCCUCCUCCAGUUAUCCGCCAGGGUCCUCAGAACCAGACAGUAGCUGUGGAUGGCACUCUAAUCUUGGAUUGUAUAGCUACCGGAGUUCCAGUUCCCACAAUUCACUGGAGGAAAGAUGGCAUUCUGAUAACAGCUCAGGACUCACGCAUGAAACUGAUGGACAGUGGAUCAUUACAGAUCCGAUAUGCUAAGCUAAGUGACACAGGUCGCUACACCUGCACUGCAUCCACUCCAAGCGGGGAAGCCAGUUGGAGUGCAUACAUUGAGAUUCAAGAAUUUGGUGUUCCAGUACAACCUCCACGUGCUACUGACCCCAACCUUAUCCCAAGUGCCCCCUCCAAACCUGAGGUCACAGAUGUCAGCAGGAACACGGUGACCCUUUCCUGGCAACCAAACCUGAAUUCUGGUGCAACUCCAACAUCAUAUAUCAUAGAAGCUUUCAGUCAUGCAUCUGGGAGCACCUGGCAGACAGUGGCUGAAAAUGUCAGGACUGAAAAGUUUGCUGUGAAGGGGCUAAAGCCCACUGCAAUCUACCUCUUCCUUGUGAGGGCAGCAAAUGCCUAUGGACUGAGUGAUCCAAGUCCAAUAUCUGAUCCUGUAAAAACACAAGAUGUCCCUCCUACAGCUCAGGGUGUGGAUCAUAAACAAGUGCAGCGAGAACUAGGACAUGUGGUGUUACACCUGCACAAUCCCACAAUCCUCUCUUCUUCUUCCAUUGAAGUGCAUUGGACAGUGGACCAGCAAUCACAGUACAUUCAAGGUUACAAGAUUCUCUACAGGCCCAGUCCAGAGAAUCGCGGAGAAUCGGCCUGGUCAAUAUUUGAAGUUCGCACCCCGGCAAAAAAUAGCGCAGUCAUUCCGGAACUUAGGAAAGGCGUGAACUAUGAGGUUAAAGCCAGGCCUUUCUUUAAUGAGUUUCAAGGAGCUGACAGUGAAGUGCGAUUUGCAAAAACCUUGGAAGAAGCUCCCAGUGCUCCUCCGCAGACUGUUACUAUCAAAAAGAGUGAAGGGAAUGGAACAUCGAUUGUAGUCAGCUGGCUGCCUCCCCCUGAAGAAAACCAGAAUGGAUUGGUCCAAGAAUACAAGGUUUGGUGUCUGGGCAAUGAGAGUCGCUAUCACAUCAACAAAACAGUGGAAGGCUCCACCUUAUCUGUUGUCAUCCCAUAUCUAGUUCCCGGAAUCAAGUAUAGCGUGGAGGUUGCAGCCAGCACGGGAGCUGGGCCAGGGGUGAAAAGUGAGCCACAGUUCAUCCAGCUGGAUUCCUUUGGUAAUCCGGUGUCUCCAGACCAAGUGAGCCUUGCCCAGCAGAUAUCAGAUGUGGUGAAGCAGCCGGCAUUUAUUGCAGGAAUAGGCGCUGCCUGUUGGAUUAUUUUAAUGGUGUUCAGCAUCUGGCUGUACCGACAUCGCAAGAAACGCAGUGGACUAAACAGCACCUAUGCUGGAAUCAGAAAAGUCCCGUCUUUUACCUUCACACCGACAGUGGCGUAUCAGCGAGGCGGGGAAGCUGUAAGCAGUGCGGGAAGACCAGGGCUCCUAAAUAUUGCAGAACCUGCAACCCAGCCAUGGCUAGCUGAUACUUGGCCAAACACAGGGAACAGCCACAAUGACUGUCCCAUUAACUGCUGUACAUCUGGAAAUGGGAGCAGUGAUAACAAUCUGGCCACUUACAGCCGACCAGCGGAUUGCAUAGCAAACUACAACAACCAGCUGGACAACAAACAGACCAACCUGAUGGUGCCCGAUUCUGCUGUCUAUGGUGAUGUGGACUUAAGCAACAAAAUAAAUGAGAUGAAAACCUUCAAUAGUCCAAAUCUGAAGGAUGGCCGUUUUGUCACUCCAGUGGGGCAGCCCACUCCCUAUGCCACCACUCAGCUCAUUCAGUCAAACAUAAGCAACAACAUAAACUCUUCAAGUGCAGAUAUGGAUGACAAACACUGGAAACCAUCAGCACAACACAAGCCUGACAUUGCCCCGAUGCAGUACAACAUCAUGGAGCAAAAUAAAAUCAAUAAAGAUUAUCGGGUCACGGACACUAUACCAUCUACUAUUCCCUACAACCAGGCUCAUGAUCAGAAUACUGGUGGAUCAUACAACAGCUCAGAUCGAGGAAGCAGCACUUCAGGGAGCCAAGGUCAUAAAAAAGGAACACGUGGACCCAAAGUAUCUAAACAAGCUGGAAUGAACUGGGCCGAUCUGCUGCCACCACCCCCAGCACAUCCACCUCCACAUGGGGGUGGUGAGGAGUAUCCUCUGAGUGCUGAUGAAAGCUAUGAGAGAGAACUACCAUGUCCCAUGCCACCAACAAGAAUGUAUCUCCAGCAAGAUGAGCUAGAAGAAGAAGAUGAGAGAGGUCCUACACCCCCAAUUAGAGGUGCUGCUUCUUCUCCAGCUGCCGUGUCCUACAGCCACCAGUCUACUGCCACACUCACUCCAUCCCCUCAGGAGGAGCUUCAGCCAAUGCUUCAAGACUGCCAAGAAGAUUUAGUUCUAGCUCAGCAUCACCUCGAGAGAAGACGACAUCAAAUAAGCCCUCCACCACCUCCAAGGCCCAUAUCUCCGCCUCAUACUUAUGGGUACAUUUCUGGGCCGAUAGUGUCUGACAUGGAUACAGAUGUCCCAGAAGAAGAAGGAGAUGACAUGGAGAUGGAAACCAAGAUCCAGAGCCGCAGACUUAGAUUACGUGGCUUGGAGCAGACUCCCGCCUCCAGCAUUGGAGAUUUAGAAAGCUCUGUAACUGGUUCUAUGAUCAAUGGAUGGGGCUCUGCCUCUGAGGAAGACAAUGUCUCCAGCGGACGAUCUAGUGUCAGCUCAUCUGACGGUUCGUUUUUUACAGAUGCUGAUUUUGCACAGGCUGUGGCAGCUGCUGCAGAAUAUGCAGGACUAAAAGUAGCAAGACACCAAAUGCAAGAAGCAGUGGGAGGCCGUAGACAUUUCCAUCCAGCUCACUGUCAGAGGCCCACGAGUCCCGUGUCUACAGAUAGUAACAUGAGCACUGCUGUUAUACAGAAAAGUCGCCCGGCCAAAAAACAGAAACACCAACAAGGACAUCUCCGAAAAGACGUCUACACAGAUGAUUUACCACCUCCACCGCUGCCACCUCCAGCCAUUAAAUCUCCAACUGGACCUUCCAGAGCACUGCUCGAUGUACGUUCUGGCAUGCCACAAAAGUAUAUGUUGGCAGAACAAAGACUAGACAGGCCAGCAGAAAGGAAAGGCCCCAAUUACAGAGGGAGGGAUGGAGUGGAUAGCAGACAACACCCUGAAGUUCGGACAAAUUCAGGAGAGAAAAGGGAAUCUCUAGAGCAACACAUUGAUGGGCGAAUGAAACGAGGGAAACUAGCAAAGAAAGAUGGCACACCAACAAAAGCCUCUCAAAUACAAGAGGAUAUCUUGCCAUAUUGUAAACCAUCAUUCCCCACAUCAAAUAAUCCUAGAGAUCCUAGCUCCUCCAGCUCUAUGUCUUCGAGAGGCUCGGGUGGAAGACGAAGAACAGAUCAACCAGCAGGAAGAAGAAAUGCAGCAGAGAUGCAGCUUUUAGGGUCAUAUGAACGUACAGUUGAUGAAGAUGACAUUGAGGAAACAGAAAGUUGAAAGAUAAAGAUGGAAAUGUUGGAGAUUCUAUCAGAUAAUAAAUUCCUCAAGAUGCCUCAAGAUGAAAGACCUUAUGCCAGAGAUACUGUUCAGUGCAAUCAGAUUGUACGCGUUCGUUCAUUUUAUACACAUAACAGCUGAGAACCUUUUUCGCUUUACUUGUUUACACCCUCUUUGUAUAAGGCCACCUUGACGUAGCCCCCAGCACCCCAAAAGCAGCACUUAAUCUAGGCACCUUCUUACUGCUCCAGCCACAAAGGCAGGUUGUCAAGUCUCAAGGUGUUGGUGCCAAGACUGCUGCUUUAGAGAAACAGACAGCCAAAGGUGCCAAGACUGGAAUUGUAAGCUUUCUGCCCACCAAGCUCUCCUAGAACAACUCUUGCCUAUCAAGCUCCAUUGGGAAGUAGCGCAGAGCGUUGCCUUCAAACCACCAAAGCACCAGUGUCUAUCCAUAGACUAGAGCAGCCACUCAAACAAUGAGAAUCCAUCUGCAAAUGUGUAAUAUUUUCACAACUGACCAUAAGGUUUCAUUAGGUGAAAAUGCAUAUAACCCGGGAUGUUUUUGUUGUAGACCUGAAAUUACUGUCCAGCAGUAUUGACCUUCAUUGCCCUACUUUAUAAAGCAGUAUGGAGGUGAUUUCAUUGUAAAUAUGUACUUUUUCAUAAAUUUCUGUGGUACUUGUCUUCUUCAUUGUCCAUCAUUAAAAGUAUCUUUGGUAUUACAUCCUAUUGCUCAUGCGGAAGUCAAGCCAGUCAAAUGCCUGGUGGUCUUGGGAUUCAUAGAAAAAAAAUCUUACAGAAAAUCAUUUAUUUUUCCAUUCAACAACAUUUGUAGGAAAAAAAAGAAGAAAAAACAAAAAGUAUAACAUUUGUAAUAAAACACCAAGUAAAAAAAAGUGCUAACCCUCUUUGGUUAUUUAUCAGAUGGCGCCUCUUCGCAAAGUCAGUCCCGCUGAGAAAAGAAAAGUGCCACUUCAGGAAAUUUGAUUUGAUAUGGUUAUUUUGUAAUGCACUGUUUUGUUGGUUUUAAAAGCACAAUCACUAAACUUUAUUUUUAAACCAUUGCAACUAUUAACCUUUUUUUUGUCUUAUUGAAAAUGUCAAAAAAUCAUUAUUGUUAUUAUUAUUUUUGUUAAUGCAUUUUAUUAAUGUUGAAUUUAUUGUCAGAUUGUUUGGAAAGUUAGCCGAUGGUGAAAUAUAUUUGGUUCUGUGUAUGUCUUUAUGAAUAAGUUGUGUCAAGGCUGUGUUUUAUCAUCACUGACUAAAAAUUAAUCUCUAGAAAAAAAUAAUUUUUAGCCUUUCUCCAAGGGAAAUGUGUCUCUCUGGGGUCAGUCAGUAGUGACAAAAAAGGCUUAUUGCACAUCUCUUAAUAUUUAUUUAUGCCAUAGUAAGGAACUUGACCGAAAAAAAACACUUAAGGUAAUUAAAAGGCAUCUGAAAAAAUAGCUCCAUGUAUGUAGUUUUGGUCUAAAAAGACAUUAAAAUUUUAACAUG